ACGGAAGAAAGGUUCCGGCCAGAAACAAACAGGGAUGUAAAAUUGUGUAGUGCGUUGGGGCUUUUUUUUUUGCAAUUAUUUACAUCGCUGCAUGAAAUUAAGUUUGAUCAGAUCUUUUUUGCCCCCCUCUCAUCUGGCAUCGUGCAUGAAUCAGCAUGGCAACGUGCAUCCCUUUCCAAACGCAGUUAUCAUCAAUCAUGGAGGUUUUGGUCAAAGCAGCUGUGGCAGAAAUUUCCAAACUAGUCGAUGACAAAUGUGCGUUUUUACACCUUGAAAUCUCUCGAAAGCAGAGCGAGAACGAGAUGCUGAAGAGGAAAUUGUUGAUGAUGGAAAGCAAACACGCACAGCUGCAGCGGGGCUUCGAAAACUACAUGGACAGAGGCACUGAUGUGGGCAAUAACUGUCCCACCGGGGAGAUUAAGUUUCCAGAGAUUGAAGACACCGCAGUAUCGUUCACUAUUAAGGAGGAGAGUCCAGAUGAGGUGCUGUGGACCAGCAGUUCUGCUGAAGCAGUUGGCUCUGCUGUUGCGUACCCAAACGCCCCUGCUGACAGCCAGCGUUUCGAGGAGGAUCAUCCACUAACCCACUCAGAGGUUGCGAGUCAAAAGACUCCGAAUCAGUUCGGCGAGUCGUAUCAUCCUGCGCAGCAUGCCGACGAGAUCGGCGCCUUUCAGUUUGCAGUGAAAACCGAGAAGGAGGAGGAUCAAUCAGGGUUCGGUCAGGACGGCUGCCAGCACAGCGCCGGCAAGCAGAACCAGCUUCCUGCUGAAUUCACCAUCGACGAAAGAGAGAAUCAGCUCUGGUCAUCCAUAAUUGAGGGGAAUGACAUUGACACUGGUUUUCCAGACUUUUCAAGCGUAGUAGAGGAAUAUUCCAGUACGUUCCCCGAGCAUUCGGACACACAAACGGUUUCGGCCGCGAGCAAGACGAAUAAUGUCCCACAAUCCUCCACGCAGAGGCCGUGUAAUGGGAUCUACAACAGCGAGUACCAGAAGGAUAUUCCUCAGCCGUCCACGUUUCAGGCGGCCCACUCGCAGCAGGACGGGCAGAAGGACCAGCUGUACCCCCAGAGAAACGCCUCGCACAUCUCACAGUUAAGCCAGAACAAUGAACACCCGGACAGGGACUUUGUCUCUGCAGACAGACCAGCUGUGACCCACUCACAUGGCACGUUCACACCCGGCAGCUGCCACCCCAGCACGCCGCACAAGCCCAGCUCCGGGACGGCCAGGUGCUACGUGUGCGCGCAGUGCGGAAAGACGUUCGGCCGCUUGCACCAGUUCAAGCUGCACCAGCAGAGCCACAAGAGGAAGAGGGCGUUCUGGUGCACGGUGUGCGGGAAGAGCUUCCAGUGCUCGUCCCACCUCAGCAUACACCACCGGACCCACACGGGGGAGAAGCCGUACGGCUGUGGACAGUGUGGGAAGAGGUUCACCCAGCAGAGCAGCCUGAGGGUGCACCAGCGCACGCACAGCGGGGAGAGGCCCUACAGCUGCUCCCAGUGUGGGAAAACCUUCAUCCUGAUGCACCAUCUGAAGAGGCACAGAAUCAUUCACACGUACAGCUGAGCCGCCCGUGUCUGACAGGCAAAAGACUGCUCGCCAACUGGAACCGGGAAUCCAAACCCAAACACAAAAGGCGAUGAAUGACAGCUGCUUUUGACGGAUGUUUAUUAAACUUGAGUCUGUGCUCACAGUUUGUAUGAUAAUGCAUAAUUUUCUAUGCAAAAUCCCUCUGGACUGAUUUUAAGACAAAAUGUUUGCUCCUUUAUUGGACACUUGUGUGCUGUAAUUAUUAAAGGUUCAAGGGAAAUUCAUGUUAGUCCUAUGAUCUGAGUGAGUUCAGUGCAUUUUCCUGAAAUCUAAACGAAAAAAGACACAAAACCCUCCAGCUUUUUUGUUCUGUCGGCCUGCAGGCUGAUCUUCACUCACAGUCUCGCUCUGUUUGAGCUCCUUUUAUAGAAAAGAGCCUUACUUCAGAGCAGACUUGAGAGGCAGAAGAUGCUCAUUAUCCCCAUAAAAUCACCCCCGUUUACCGUCACAUCUCCCACAAAGCGGGUUUCUCAUGCAAAGCCAAUCAAGCACUUGUAGGAUUUCUGUUUUGAAGUCAACAUCAGUAGCACCCUGCCUGUCUGGCGUCUCGCUCUGGGAGAGACUCGGCUCUCUAGGAUCAUAGGAAUAACUUGAGCGUUAUUCCGGGUUGAUUUUCCCUUUGAAAUCCCUUGCCCUUUGUUAAAGUAAUUUUUAUUUAAAACGUACAUUUAAAAUAAAUAAACAGCAGGACGCGUUCAAUGCAACAAGCAAGAGUUUUUGCGAUUCUCAGGUAACGUUGCUUUACCUUUAAAGUAAAAACAAAAGGUUCCCAGGCAAUAUCUGAUUGUCUUGGUUGGGAAAACACAUUUAUGUCGCCUGUCGAUAUUUGUCAUCAACAUAGGUUGUGUUUAAAACUAAUACAAAUAUGUACUGUCUCAAACUACAAAUGUACAUAUUGGGAAAAAAAAAACCUGUUGACAUUUAAUACGAACUGAGUCAAUUAAUCAAAUUA